CCCUGAAUCUGCGACCAGGAUCAGAGAUGCGCACACCAUCAACUUGUGCAUGUGGCCUCUUGCUCGCCCGCCUCUUCCUCGAGCAUCCUUUCUACUGCAUCCAUAGCGUCUUCGAGACCCGGUCACCUGCCCGUCUGUCAAGGUUGCCGAGUCUAUCCAGUGGACGAACAUCUAUCUCUUUCUCUCAAAUUCCCCACGGAACCCGCCCGAGGCGACACACGCAAGACGGGAGCAUGAAUCCCGCGUCUUCCUAUGCUCGACGCUUGACUCGGUGGCCGGCCAAUCCUGACAUCGGCCUGCCGAUAUCUCCUUUCGUCCCAUGUCCCUCCCCCCUCCGGCUGUGUCAAGCAUACUAUGUAGAAUUGCUACUAGUCCUUGGCUGCCCCCUUUCGCCAUACCACAUAUAAAGCCAUAAAGCUCGAGGUUCAUCCUUGCUCUGCUAGUCGCCUGGCCCUACGUGAGACACGACUCCGGUCACUCACUCAAUCAGAGUCCAACGGCGCAUUCGCACUCUGACGCCAUCGCUCUGCACGGUCCCCGAACGCCUCUGGAUAGAAGUCUGGAGAAGCCAUCCACAAGCCCCCUUUGGAAGUGCUCGUUUGUUGACAUACAACGCCAUCUCUCCCACCGCCCGUCGACAGAUCCGUUGCGACGCUAUCUCUGGUCCAUUUCGUCUUCUCCUCUCCAUCGCUCUUUGUUCUCUUCCUCCCCAACAUCUCAUCAACGACGCCGGUUCGAGUUCAGCAUAGCUCCGCACCCGUCAGCUGAAAUUUUAAAUUUCCUAGGGGGGAGUUCAUUGUCGCGUUUUCUCGGUUCCUUCGUCCCGCCUCUGGGACGCCUGCAACCUUAUAUCUUCUGGACGCACGGUUGAUCUCAAAGAAGCAUGCGUGGCAUGCCCGACCGAACUUGGGAUCAAAUUUCAGUCUAACCUUCGCCCCCAAGUCUUGGCAUCUCUUGACUUGACCGUCCUCGUGCCUCCCUUAUUUUUCCACCUCUUUGCAAAGAAUCUGCAACAUUCUUGCGUUAUCGUCAGCAGACACAACACCGACACAGUCUCAAGCUUGCUCUUCUUGAGCCGGGAAACUGUCAAAACCGGCAGGAAUGGCGGGCGUUCUGACUUGGAAGAGCCGCUUUGGGGGUGUUUUUGGCAACAAGCCGGAAAAUGCCGAUAGGACAGAGGGCGAACAUGCCGGCAUCCCCAAAUGGAGUAUGGGUGUCCUCAACGACCCAAAGACGAUCGAAGUGCCCGGCUCGGUUCUUCUUCUCGCCAGUCAUCGCAACGAGCCCCUGGGCUUGCGCAAUGCGCCCGCUAGGACUUCUCACUCAUCCAUCCCCACGGGUUUCCCGGAGCCGGUCGAGACACCGACUGGUAGCCGUUCUCCCGCACACGCGGCCCCACCGGCCGAGGUCGAGGCCAAGACCACCAAGGACGGAAUUAUCCUCAACCCCCAACCGGAAGAGUCGGCCAACGACCCUCUCAACUGGCCCGCCUGGCGACGCGACUGCGCCCUGCUGUCUCUCGGCUUCUACUGCAUGGUCGGCGGAGGAAUGACCCCCUUGCUCGCUGCCGGCUUCACCAACGUGGCUGAGGACUACCACAUCGAGACGGAAACUGUUUCCCUGACCACAGGCUUGUACAUGAUGGGCAUGGGUCUCGGCUCGGUCAUCUUCUCGCCGACGGCCAUCCUGUACGGAAAGAGACCAGUCUACCUGUUUAGCGCCAUCAUCUUCAUCGCCAGUUCCGUAUGGGCCGCCCUGUCGCCCAACUUCACGUCUCUCAUCCUGGCCAGAAUCUUUCAGGGCAUCUCUGUGAGCCCGGUCGAGUGUCUUCCGUCGGCCACCAUUGCCGAGAUCUUCUUUCUUCACGAGCGUGCGUUCCGCAUCGGCAUUUACACAUUACUGCUGCUCGGUGGUAAGAACCUGGUUCCGCUCAUUAGUGCCGUCGUCAUACAAGCCUUGGGAUGGCGAUGGGUUUUUUGGGUCGUUGCAAUGAUUGUCGCCCUCUGCGGCGUGCUCCUCUUCUUCUUCGUGCCCGAGACCUUUUGGGACCGGACGCCCCUCCCCAAAUCGCGGAAGCCAUCUCGACGACCGAGCUUCGGGCGGAGGCAGUCAUCGCGCCACCAAGUUCCUCAAGUGCCUGCGGAUGUCAACGCAGCCCCCGCCGACAAUGUCCCCCAGUCACCGCACCAUCACAAGGACCUGCACGUCGGGUUUGCUCCCGACCCCGACCAAGGCGCCCGGGGCAACGACGACAUCGAGAAACAGGCAGGUAGCGCCUCCGACUCGCCCAACCCGGCACCCGCCAUCCGAACCUCUGGCACCUCCGGCACCCCUACGUCGGGGUCGGAAUACUUCGCCAAGGCCCCGGCCAUCGAGAGCGAGAAGCUCCCCACGCGCUCCUCGGACGUCAACUCGCCGCCAAAGGCCCUCGCCUACACCCACACGCUCCGGCACCAGCCCGCAAAGUCCUUCACGGAGCAGCUGAAGCCCUGGAACGGCCGGCUCAACCACGACAGAUGGUUCAAAGUCAUGCUCCGGCCCUUUGUCCUCUUCGCCUACCCGGCGGUGCUCUGGUCCUCGGUCGUGUACGCCCUGUCGGUCGGCUGGCUGAUUGUUGUGUCCGAGUCAGUGGCCCUCAUCUAUCGCAACCGCGAGUCAUACAACUUUGACGCCCUGCAAACGGGCCUUGUAUACCUCUCUCCCUUCGUCGGCGGCAUCCUCGGUACCGCUGUCGCCGGCAAGGUCAGCGACAUCAUCGUCAAGAGCAUGGCCCGCCGCAACGGCGGCCUGUACGAGCCCGAGUUCCGCCUCGUCAUGGCCGCGCCCGUCGCCAUCACCACCGUCAUCGGCCUCAUGGGCUUCGGCUGGUCGGCCGAGGAGCGGGACCACUGGAUUGUGCCGACCGUCUUCUUCGGCCUCAUCUCGUUCGGCUGCACGCUGGGGUCGACGACGUCCAUCACGUUCUGCGUGGACAGCUACCGGCAGUACGCCGGGGAGGCGCUCGUCACGCUCAACUUCAGCAAGAACAUCUUCCACGGGCUGGUCUUCAGUCUCUUCGUCACGCACUGGCUCAGCGACGACGGGCCCAAGACCGUCUUUAUCUGGCUCGGCGUCAUCCAGCUCAUUUUUCUCUUCUUCUCCAUCCCGAUGUACAUGUACGGCAAGCGGGCGCGCAUGUGGACCGUGAGGAAGAACUUUAUGGAGAAGCUGUGAGCGGGUUUUGUCAUUUGGAUAAAUCCUUUCUUUUUUGGGUGGGGGGGGUUUCUCUUGCAUGAUGCUGGCGUCGGACGCGGAAGCAUUUUAUUUUGUGCGGCAUACGGGCCCUUUCUUGCAUUUCAACAGCGUCGCAUAUGUUGUUCAACCAUCUCCCAGCGGCUCUUUGACGGUAGCAUCUCCUGGUUUUCCCUCUUCAUUGGCAUCUUUGGUUGGGUUCCUGCAGAGCACUUUUGGCGUUUUUCGUGUCUCUUUAAUUGGUUUAUGGGUCUGCAUCUUGCCUGGGCCCAUGAUUCUCACGAUACCUCUUUUGAAGUGUUUAUAGCAUGCUAGAACAGAUUCAUACAUAACCUCGGGUUUUCUAGAACAUGAGACCACAAAGUUUGUACUACGACGCUUUCUCAACCCUCAAGAUUGAUGUUCGAUGCUAGAGGUACCGCAGCUCGCCCCGUGACUAGCGUGGGUUUUGGGCAUCGACGACAUCGAGCUCCUGGCGUGGUCCACUAGCCACAUUCCGGUUGGCUUCCCGCCAUCGUAUGCGCCCUUCUCUUCGACGUCGGGAUUCUCUAGGGAUGACGCCGGCCGUCCACAUCUGACCAGGGUUUAUUCCAUCAUGUGGCCGUCGUCAUCGUCGUGAACUAAUUGUUCUCAAGUCCAUCGAGUCACGAUCCAUGUCCCAGCAUGCUCUCAUAUAGGCCGGGCAGCCAGUCCUUCAGUUACAAUAAAUGAUACCAAGAGUAGGAGUUUCGGUAACAAAGUAGUAACG